AUGCGCCCCCUUUGUCCCUGCUGGUCCUGCUACUGUCUGCUCCUGAUUUCCUCCUUGGGAGUCCAGGGGACCCCAGUGGCUUCCAGGGCUGACCCUGAGCAAGUCCACCUGUCCUACCCAGGUGAGCCGGGCUCCAUGACUGUAACCUGGACCACAUGGGUCCCCACCCCGUCCGAAGUGCAGUUCGGACUGCAGCUAACAGGGCCCCUGCCCCUCCGGGCUCAGGGCACCUUCAGCCCCUUUGUGGAUGGGGGCAUUCUCCGGCGGAAGCUCUACAUACACCGGGUCACGCUGCGGGGGCUGCAGCCGGGGGUCCAGUACGUUUACCGCUGUGGCAGUUCUCGGGGCUGGAGCCGUCGGUUCCGUUUCCGGGCGCUGAAGAAUGGUCCCCACUGGAGCCCCCGUCUGGCUGUGUUUGGGGACCUGGGGACUGACAAUCCGAAGGCCUUCCCGCGGCUGCGCAGGGACACCCAGCAGGGCAUGUACGAUGCUGUUCUCCAUGUGGGAGACUUCGCCUACGACAUGGAUCAGGACAAUGCUCGAGUCGGGGACAAGUUCAUGCAGCUCAUUGAACCUGUGGCUGCCAGCCUGCCCUAUAUGACGUGCCCUGGGAAUCACGAAGAACGCUACAACUUCUCUAACUACAAGGCCCGCUUCAGCAUGCCAGGGAACAACGAAGGUCUGUGGUACAGCUGGGAUCUGGGCCCCGCGCACAUCAUCUCCUUCUCCACCGAGGUAUACUUCUUCCUCAGUUACGGUCACCACCUGGUAGAGAGACAGUUCCACUGGCUGGAGAGCGACCUCCAGAAAGCCAACAAGAACCGGACCGCCCGGCCGUGGAUCAUUACCAUGGGCCACCGGCCCAUGUACUGUUCCAAUGCUGAUUUGGAUGACUGUACGUGGCAUGAAAGCAAGGUUCGCAAGGGCCUCCAUGGCAAGUUCUAUGGGUUGGAGGAUCUUUUCUACAAAUACGGGGUCGACCUGCAGCUAUGGGCUCAUGAGCACUCCUACGAACGCCUGUGGCCCAUUUACGACUACCAGGUAUUUAAUGGCAGCCAAGAGAUGCCCUACACCAAUCCUCGAGGCCCGGUCCACAUCAUCACAGGAUCUGCUGGCUGUGAGGAGCGGCUGACCCCCUUCUCCCUCUUCCCGAGGCCCUGGAGCGCCGUGCGCGUGAAAGAGUAUGGGUACACGCGGCUACACAUCCUCAACGGGACCCAUGUCCACAUCCAGCAGGUGUCAGACGACCAGGAUGGGAAGAUUGUGGAUGACAUCUGGGUGGUGAAACCCCUGGUUGGCCGGAUGAUGUACUUCUAG